UUGUCACUAUACAUAGUCCUGCCAUUAUUCCGUUUUCCUUUUUCGGCAGUACAUCAAAUAAAUUUCUCAUCCAAAUAAAAAUUUAAAGGAAAAUUUGAUCAUGGGAGGAAAGGUAGUAACAUUCGAAGAAAUGGUCGAUUUGGCGAUUGGUUCUGGUUGUGCCAUUAAUUUUUGCGUCUUAAAAAAAUUAUUGAAACUAUUCAGUCAAUACUGCUGUAAACAUGACUACACAUUCGAAAUUGACAUGGAUAAUUUGAGUGCGGAAGCUAAGAUUAUAGCAAAGAAAUCACGGUCCUCCGUUAGCCUUAGUCAAGGAAGUUCCGACAGCAGUGACUCUAGGCAAAGUGACUCAAUUGAUGAACGUUCGGCGAAGGAUGAAACGAAAGUUAAAUCAGAGAGGGAUGUUAAAAGUGGAUACGACGAAGAAAAUGACCAAAUGAGAGCUGAUAAAGGCAGUCAAGUAUAUUCUUCCGAAGAUAAGAUCUACGACAGUAGCAGUGACAUACGAAAAGGAUCGGCAAGUGGCAGCGAAAGGCCAAAUCAAACUGAAACGAGCGAUCGGAAAGAUUCUGAAAAAGAUGGAAAGGUGAAAGAGAAGAAAGAAAAGAAACACAAGAAGGAGACCGAUAGUCAUAGAAAAAAGGAUGAAGAAUCAAAGCGAAAUACAACAGGGAAGCACAGAAAGAAGUCCUCCGAUGAUGUCAGAGAGAAGGAUUCUAAAAAGAGGAAAGAAGGUCGAGAAGAUUUUAGUAAACUAGAAAAUCGAACCAACGAGCUGGAAAAUCGCAUAUCGCAACUGUCCGACCGUAUAGAAAAUAUAACAGAAACCAUUGGAACGCACUUAAACGCAGAACAUCUAGCAGAAAUAAAUAACGAAAUCGACAAAUUGAAGAAAAGCACAGAAAUUACGAGUGAUCAAUGCUAUGAAACAGCAAAUAGCAUAAACGACCAAUCCUCACAAAUUCAAGACAUUUUGACUACAAUCAACGACAUUCAACUGCGAAAAGUGGAGAAUGAAGAACUGAUUGACUUAUUGAGCGGUAAAGCUGAUUACUCUUUUGUCGACGAAAAGGUUUCGACGAGCCACUUCGAAGACAAAAUUCAAGAGCUCAAAGAUGUCAUUGAGGAAAGUACAAUACAGGUUGACUCGGUCCGGCUAGAAACGAAUACUUCUCUUGAAGAAAUAAAGCAAGAAUUGCUUACCAAACUACUCGCGGAAGAAUUCGAUGAAGCCAAAACGAAAAUCUACAAAGAACUUAUAAAACUAACCGAGCAAAAUGCUCUCAUCCUCGCACAACAAAAUGAACAUGUGGCAGCUGGUGCGAAAAUGAGAAAUUUGAAUUGUUUCGUGUGCGACAACGAUGUGGUCAUGUUAUUAGAACAGGAAAUAAUUCCCAAGUUUAGACCUUUGAAAGCGUCUAUACCGCCACUGGAACCUGUUGUCGGUUCAAAGUAUCUGAUUGAUAAGAACGCUCCCGAAUGGCAAAAACACCUUUUGCAGACAAAAGACUACGCAAGAGCUUCCAAAGCUUCACGAUUCCAUACGAAUGUGGACUAUCAAAAAUCCACCUACGUUAAAGGCAGAAAUGGUUGCAUGUAUAAAGGUAAUGUUGGUUGUGAUUGUACGGAGGCAAUGUCGAAACGAGGUAAAUGUUGUACCGUGUCAACAAAUAACAUGAAAAAUAUUUCGCUCACAAAUCGAAUGAAUUCCGAAUCGAAACUCGAUAAGGACGUUGCGAUUGGAGAUGUAGUAAAUAGCAACUACGAAAAGACUUACCACAAGGGGUCCAUUGCUGAAAUUACACCUGGUGAGGACCGACAAGAAAAAGAGUUGAAACUCAAAUCGGAAGAUGUCGAGACAACGCCUGAAGUAGCAGUUAAAGUCGAAAGAACGGUCGAGACGUUGGAAUGUGAUCAUGAAACAGAUAAAGUCGAACGUCCAUCAGCUGUAAUUCAAAUUAAAGAUGAAAUCGUUACAUCGCCCGAAGUGACGGUCGAAAUCGAAAGAACGGUUGAGACGGUGGAAGACGCUCAUGAAUCAACCAAUGUCGAAAAUUCACGUGUUACUGAAAUUAAAGAAGAGAUCGUCACAACUAUAACAAUUAAUAACACCGCUUCAAUCAAUGGAAUAACGACCAUAAAAACCGAAAAUGAUGAAUCGGCAACCAAUGACGAUGCUCCUGUAGAAACAAAUAAUGUCACUAUGCGGGAUGGUACAGCCGAAAACCAAUAACGAUUAUUGUUCACUCUCCUUUUUAUUGCCAUAUAAUUUUCAAAUAAAUAUUUUGAGUUCUUUGUCACU